CUGGAAGAAGCUACAGUCACGUGACCACAAACGUCAACAACGAAAUGGCAGCCUCCUGUUUUGUAAAUUAACACAAGGUCCGAGCUGGUUAAAAGAGCGCUUCGAUUUUAAAUCUGAGUGUCGCAUUUUCAAGGCGAAACCACCGGAAAAGGCUAUGUCUCCAAAGAUAACUGGAGAGCUGCUCAGGCAGCUCCGUCAGGCAAUGAAGAACUGUAAAUACUUCUCUGAGCCUAUACAAGCCUACAUAAUCCCAUCUGGAGAUGCACAUCAGAGUGAAUACAUUGCACCGUGUGACUGCAGACGUGAAUUCAUCUCUGGAUUCGACGGCUCUGCAGGCACAGCCAUCGUUACAGAGCAGCAUGCUGCAAUGUGGACUGAUGGCCGAUACUUCCUGCAAGCCCACCAGCAGAUGGACAACAACUGGACCCUGAUGAAGAUGGGGCUGAAGGAGACACCCUCACAGGAAGACUGGCUGAUCAGUGUUCUUCCUGAAAACUCAAAAGUGGGAGUAGAUCCUUGGAUCAUUGCUGCUGACCAAUGGAAGAAUAUGUUCAAAGCUCUGUCCAGUGCUGGCCACUCGUUGGUAGCAGUGCAGGAUAACCUUAUCGAUGCCGUCUGGCCGGACCGACCAGAAAGACCCAGCACACAACUCCGCAGCCUGGGAUUAGACUUCACUGGUAUUUCCUGGCAAGACAAGAUCACAACGCUGCGAGCCAAGAUGUCAGAGAGGAAGAUCACCUGGUUUGUUGCAACAGCACUGGAUGAGAUUGCGUGGCUUUUCAACCUUCGCGGGGCAGACAUUGAGUACAACCCAGUUUUCUUUGCAUAUACCAUUGUGGGAAUGAAUACAAUAAGGUUUUUUGUGGACCUCAAGCGUCUUUCUGACCCUGCAGCGAGAGAGCAUCUGCAGCUGGACUCCCCUAGCAAACCUGAGCUGAGCAUCCAGACAUUUCCGUAUGAGUCGGUCUACACUGAGCUCCAGGCCAUCUGUGCUGCACUUGGCCCAAAGGACAAAGUGUGGAUUUGUGAUAAAGCCAGUUGUGCUCUCACACAGGUCAUCCCUAAGACGCACCGAUCUCCAAUUCCCUACACUCCACUCUGCCUCGGCAAAGCUGUGAAAAAUGCCACAGAGAUUCAAGGCAUGAAAAUGGCACACAUCAAAGAUGCAGUGGCACUUUGUGAACUCUUUGCUUGGUUGGAAAAGGAGAUUCCAAACGGCAACGUGACUGAGAUAUCUGCUGCUGAUAAGGCAGAAGAAUUACGUAGUCAGCAGAAAGAUUUUGUGGGUCUCAGCUUCCCAACAAUUUCCAGUGUUGGUCCACAUGGAGCGAUCAUACAUUACAGACCACUGCCUGAGACCAAUAGGACCCUCACCGUAAAUGAAGUUUAUCUCAUCGACUCUGGAGCUCAAUACGUUGAUGGAACAACAGACGUCACACGUACCAUGCACUUCGGGACACCAUCUGCUUUUGAGAAGGAAUGCUUUACCUACGUACUGAAGGGACACAUAGCUGUCAGCGCUGCCAUUUUCCCCAAUGGAACAAAAGGCCACCUCUUGGAUUCGUUUGCCCGUGCAGCCCUGUGGGAGUCUGGGCUGGACUACCUCCACGGUACAGGUCACGGGGUGGGCUGUUUCCUCAACGUUCACGAGGGGCCUUGCGGCAUCAGCUACAAAACCUUCGCAGAUGAACCGCUGGAGGCCGGCAUGAUUGUCAGCGAUGAACCUGGAUACUAUGAAGAUGGAUCUUUUGGCAUUCGUCUGGAAAAUGUGGUCCUCGUUGUACCAGCUAAGCCCAAAUACAACUACAGAAACAGGGGUAGUCUGACAUUUGAGCCUCUCACUCUGGUUCCCAUCCAAGUGAAAAUGAUGAAUACAGAGCUUCUCACUCAGAAGGAGCGGGACUGGGUGAAUGAGUACCACAGGAAGUGUCGGGAGGUGGUUGGAGCAGAGUUGGAGAGGCAGGGUAGGCAGGAGGCAUUAGAGUGGCUGAUCAGAGAGACCCAGCUGAUCAUCUGAGGACCAACUCUUGUGUGAUCAUUUUGCCCAGGAUUACUGUUGAUUGCUCUGCAGUGAUAAACGUUUGUAUUUUCUCAUGUUUCUCCAUGUCUCGCACCCAGCUUCUUUUGUAAAGCACAUUACAUCAGCAGUUUUAUUAAAGAUCUGUCAAAAGCAAG